CAAUAUGCGCACGUGCUCGCAGUCGUCAUCAGUGUGGUGUCUGCCCAGUCCUGUGCACCUCAAUGUCGAUGUGACGGUACCACCAUGGACUGCAGCCACGGAGCUCUUCCAGGGUUCCCAGUAGAUGUACUCAUACCGUCUUCAACAGAAAUCGUCGUGAUGAGCGACAAUCUGUUGACAAGAGUUAAUCCAACUCCUGCCUUUCCAAACCUGCUGGAACUGAACCUGGAAGACAACUUCAUCACUGAACUUACACCGACUUCUUUCCGUUUGCGACCAAAUAUCCAGAUACUUCGUCUUGGAGGCAAUAAGAUCAUUGAUGUCACCAAUUCUGCUUUCGAUGGACUAUCCCAACUGGUGAAACUGUAUCUGAAUCGUAACAACAUCGAAACGAUAGAAGCGUUUGGAAGUUUGUCUGGUCCAAGUAGUUUGGAGAUGCUGGACUUACAGAAAAACAAACUCACGUCUAUAUCGAUCGGCACGUUCACAGGGAUCCCGCUGCUUACGGAGCUCAACCUGUCGUCUAACAACAUCUCAAAGAUAGAAGAUGGGAGCUUUGGUCAUUUUAAGAAGUUACGUGUCCUGUAUCUGCAUUCCAACCAAAUCCUUCAGCUGACCAACGCGACAUUCUUUGGUAUGCCCUCCUUAAACCGUCUAACUUUGAGUAACAACAAGAUACAGAAUCUGCCAGAUAUGGCCUUCAAAGGUGCCGGGUCGCUGGAGUUUCUGGACCUGACAUCUAACAGCAUCCCCACAAUCACCCAGGCAGCAUUCUCCGGGUUGUUGAAUCUUACUGCUCUGUCUCUUAGUUCAAAUAAUAUCAGCACUAUUGAGGACGGCGCGUUUCGAGAUCUGAUCAAACUACGCGAAUUGUCUGUGUGGGACAAUAUGCUGCAGGAGAUCUCAGCGUCAACUUUUGUAGGUCUUGCUCCGGAAGAUAGAACAGACAACACUGGGCUAGAGGUGCUGUACCUCGCUGGCAAUCGCCUCACAACUGUCACAAAGGACGAUUUUGCCAGGCUCACAAAACUGACGUUUUUGACGCUUUUCCGCAACGAUAUUACAAGUGAGGGACUCGAAGAUGGUUCAUUCGCCAAUCUUGGGAACCUUGUCUAUCUAAGUCUUUACGCCAACCCACUGACCAACAUUUCUUCAGCCACAUUUGAAGGGUUGGUGUCACUGGAGUCAUUGGGUCUUGGAAACAACCAGAUUCAAAACUACCCACCGUUUGUUUUUGCCAACAUGCCAUCUCUAACAACCAUCAACCUAUCCAACUUUAGAUCCUUUAGCUUCACCUUGCAUCCUGAUACGUUCGGCAACCUAGCGGCACUCCGUAAUCUUAAUAUUGCUGGUGUAACGAGCGUCUCGCCGGGUGUGUUUCGGCACCUUCCUUGUCUCCAAGCAGUAUGGAUGGGGGGCUUGCUUACCUGCGAUUGUGAUAUACUUGAUCUAGUGACAUGGCUGAAUAGAACAGCUGUGACUGUUCGACCGUUUGAGACCUCGUCAAACCCUGUAGUCUGCUACAAUCCAAGUCACUUGAUGGGUGUGCCUCUCUUGAGCUUACGAGAGGAAGACUUGCGUAUGACGUGCCCAGCGACAACCGAACCACCAUCAACACAAUCUACUGUUCAGAUCUGCCCAACACCCUCUCCUACGACUGAAGCUACGACGGCUCCUCGUCUUGCCACAACUCCAAGGCCAACACCACCACUUCCCUCGUCCUUUAAAACUGCACAACCAGGAACCUGCCCCGGUCCACAGGACGUCACCAUCCAAAACGUACAGGACUCUCGUACCGACAUUCAGUGGUCUCACGGAGGUAAAGCCGUUAGUACGGACCUGACAGGAUUCGUCAUUCAGUACCAAAUCUUUGGUCACCAGUCGUGGAUGACAACACAAAAGAUUCACUCGGAUGGCCGUCACUUCACCAUAAAUGAUCUCCUUCCUGACACUCCUUACCAAGUCUGUGUGGCCGUUCUCUGCAAGGAUGAGCUGGUACAGCCAGGACUGGACCACUGCGUGUCAUUUAUAACGAAAAGCGCAUCUCCUGUGACAUCUCAGCUAUCACAGGCAACAGUAGUAGGCUUGGCUGUUGGCAUCCCGUCGUUGCUCAUCAUCCUAGGCCUUUUGGCAGCAAUCUUCUGGAAGAUGAGAGGGCGAUCCGGAUCCUCUUCAGAAGAUGAGGCCGGUUACGUAUUGCCUGAACGCCCUCACCGCCAGGAAGCGGAUCAAAACACGGCUGGCUGUGCAGUUGAUACUCAGGUGAAUGAGUACCAAACCUCACCAUUCUCCGGAGAGUCCACAACAGGCAGUAUCACCAGCUCGUAUCUGGACUUGGGCAGAGCUGCGGACAUGCUGAACUCAACAGAUGCAGACCAUGAUCACUAUCCGCCCGCUCCUGUCCCACGCCAGAACCCAACUGUCUCCUCAAGCUCAUUCAACAACACUGCGUACGCCCCUGACAGUAUGAACGACAACAUCUAUACUACAGUCGACGACGACGCACUUGAAGACGGAGCAGAUGCUAAUAUGUCAUCUACAGAGGACGACGUUUAUAUCCAUGUCAUCGGUUAGUCCAGGACAUUGUUGGUGACGUUAAGGCCAUGUUGAUUUGAUUAUAUAGAGCUUACGAGUAAAAAAUAAGUUUGGCAAAAAAGUUUACUUAAUAAUGAAAUUUGAGGGGUCAGGAAUGUUGAACAAAUGACUAUGCAUCCAGAGUAUGGUAUACCAAGUAUUAGAUUUUUUUUUUACCUUGGAAUUCACUUUAUCAUUUUAUGAAAUCUAUGGCAUAUAUCUGCUUAUUUUGCCGCUGCUUUGUACGAUUUGUUCAUUUAUGGUUGAAUUUUUUAAAAGGAAACUGCUGACAAUUGUUUACCCCCGCGGAUGUCAUCAAUAUGUAUAAUCAAACUAACGUGGCCGAACAAUGCAGCAGACAUUGAUUGCUGUGAAGAAUUUUGUUAAGAAACAUGUAUUUAUGGACAUCAAGACGGCGGACGGUAGUUUUAGAUUGUAAUAAAUGCAAGAUAUUACUGUUUAAAACCACCGUUUGUUGACUUGAUAUCCAACAAUACCCCAGUUUUUAAAGCAACGGAUAUAGGAUACCUUGCGGAUAAAGGUGAGCUGGCGUUGCUCAAACCCACGAGCAGGAAUUAUUUUCUCAGAGACCACAUUUUUACGAAUACGAAAUCAAGCAAAUUUCGUAAAUUUCUUUGCAGAUUGACAAAGAAAUGUAUGCAGUUUCUUUAAAUGGCUUUGUUCUCUCCAUUUGUUGAGGAUGAUACUUAACAUAGCCAUAAUGGGCCAGAAAUGCUAUACGUGCGUAGAUAAAGGAGUUUUUUGUCGAAAACUUAACAUUUUCAAACAAUGACUUCAACCAUUUGCGCAGCAAUUUAUCAUUUUGUCACGAUUUGUUUUUGUUUGUAAGUUUUAAUUUGCAAUUUCAUAGAUACAAAUUUGCUAUUGUAAAGUAAGCCUUUCGGAUGCUCUGUUUAUGAUUAUGAUUAUGAUUAUGUAUAAGGUUAUACUAACCAUAGCACACUUAUGAUAAAUCCCAUAGUCGAAGCUACAACAUUUUACGCGUAAUACGUAUAAAGUUAAACUAACCAUAGUACACAUGAUAAAUUCCAUAGUCGAAGCUACAACAUUUUACGCGUUAAAAGUAUCAGGUUAUACUAACCAUAGUACGUGAUAAAUUCCACAGUCGAAGCUACAACAUUUUACGCGUUAUAAGUAUAAGGUUUUACUAACCAUAGUACACAUGAUAAAUUCCAUAGUCGAAGCUACAACAUUUUACGCGUUAUAAGUAUAAGGUUAUACUAACCAUAGAACACUUAUGAUAAAUGGCACAGUCGAAGCUACAACAUUUUACGUGUUAUAAGUAUAAAGUUAUACUAACCAUAGUAUACUUCUUAGAAAUUCCUUAGUCGAACCUACAAUGUGUAUAAUACACAUAGUACAUGUAUCACCAAUGUUUUUACAAGUAUUGGUCAUUACUUUAAUUAUAGUGCAAAUGGCUUGGGUUUUCGUAUAUUUGCCAUUCUAAACUUAAAAUGGAUAUGAUGAUUGAUGAUAAAAUUGCUGUUUUGAUCUAAAAUUUGUAAUCAAUGACAAUAUGAGGGUUCUUGACGAAAUAUUGAUUCAAUGGUCUGUAAUACACCUCUACGCUUUUUUACAGUAAGUUUUAUUCCCAAUAACAAUUUUGAUGUGGUGAUGAUAUGUUGAAUAAACUUAUGUUGACUACUUCAACAUUUGACGUGUAUUUCCUUACAUCUGCAGUACUAGUAGUAGUACUGUAAUUCACUCUAUAUACGGAUAUAUAAGCUACAAAAAAAACUUACAAUACAAAUACUCAGUAAUAUAUAUAUGUAUGUAUAAGAAUAACUAGAUAAAUCAAGUUUCUCUAGUCUCCUUACAGAUUCUACGGGGCAGGUUUUACACGGGAUGGGGUUGGGGGUUGGGGGGUUACAUUGUGCUAUUUUCUGGUAGUAUAUCAGUUCUGACUGUAACCGUUUUCUUUGUACGCCACCUCCGUUUAAGGCCUUUAAAACAAAGUGCCUCAGAGAGAAAUUAAAACAAGCUUACAUUAUCCUUAUCAUUCAUCGGUAUUCACUGGUGAGGAACACGCUUUAUAACUCAAUAAUCACCGAUUCUAACAUCGACUAUCAUAAUUCCACCAGGUGUCAUUAUACCACCACCUAAAAAAACGUUAGUAUAGAGGUCUUACCAAGAUUGUCUUGAACACCGA